AUGCCUCCUAGCAAGCGUUCCUCCACUAAGACUUCGGCAGGUACCGCUCCCAGAGCAAAAAGGGGUCGCUCCUCCGCGGCGACGUCGGUGGCCAUUUCCGACAGUGUCACACUACCAGCUAGCCACGCCACUUCGAGUUCGAGCUCAGGCACCGUGUCGAUUGAUGUUGCUGCCCUGUCCGCUACAGUGUCUGCCGUGGUAACAGAAGCCCUUAAGACCACCCUCUCGUCCGAAACCUUGACUGGUAUUUUAAAACACACUGGACCCCCUAUCCCGUUGGAACCACUGGCCUUGGAAUCCUCCAACUCUGUGGGCGCCGCCAUAACUGCUGAGGUAGCUGAUACUCUUCAGGAUGGUCACGCCUCAGGUAAAAAAGGGGAGGCGCUCCCACUACUUUAAACGACUCUUGGCCACAAAGCAUCUUUACGACCAUCUCUGUUCCUCUUAGCCCUAGGGUUAGUGCUAAAUUGAAAGCCAAAAUAUUUGCGAACGAAUAUGUAGAUUUUGGGGCUUUACUUUCUUCUUCCCCUAACAACGAAGGGAAAUAUUCACUUUCCAUGGCCCCUUCAGAGGGGUCAUCUAGUCUACCCCAAAUCACCCUCGAACCGUUACAAAAUGCGAAACACAUUCAAUCUAUUCAGCAAUGGGUCUCUGCCUUUAAUAUCUUUGUUUCCGUUUACUCUGAGAAAUUUACUGCAGAGACCCCACGGUUAAUGAAAUACUGUGAACUUGUAAGGGAUUUAGCUCAAAAAGCUGGGGAUUGGAUUUGGUACAACAAACAGUUCCGCUAUUUACGGCAAACCGCCCCGGAGAAAUACCCCUGGGAUCAAAUUCACUGGGAGUUGUGGA